AUGCGGCUGCUCCUGCUCCUGAUGGCCUUUCUCCUACCCCCCGGGGUGGGGGCAGGGGAGAUCAUCGGAGGCCGAGAGGCCAGGCCUCACUCCCGCCCCUACAUGGCAUUUCUUAUAAUCCAGACUCCAGAGGGGACCAGCACCUGUGGGGGUUUCCUGGUGAGAGAAGACUUUGUGCUGACGGCAGCUCACUGCUUCGGAAGUCCUAUCACCGUCAUCCUGGGGGCCCACAACCUCAGGAGGGACGAAAGGACCCAGCAGCGCAGGUCUGUGCUCAGAGCCAUCCCCCACCCUGAAUAUAAUCCACAGAGCAACGUGAAUGACAUCAUGUUACUGCAGCUGGAAAACAGAAUCAUACAGAAUGAAGCUGUGAGCCCAGUGCCUCUGCCUCCGGCGCAGGACAGGCUGACACCUGGGACCGUGUGCACCGUGGCGGGCUGGGGCAUGUUGAGCCUGAACAGGAGAACCAGCAGACUCCAUGAGGUGCAGCUAACCGUGCAGAGGGAUAGGAGGUGCCGCAAUCGCUUCAAUUUCUACAACAGCCAAACACAAAUUUGUGUGGGAAACCCAAGGUCGAGGAAGUCCGCCUUCUUGGGAGACUCUGGAGGCCCGCUGCUGUGUAACAACGUGGCCAAGGGCAUUGUCUCCUAUGGAGACAGGAGGGGGAUUCCUCCAGCAGUCUUCACCAGGGUGUCCAGCUUCGCUGACUGGAUAAGCAGAACAAUGCAACGCUUCAAACAGCAGAACGAGACCUGGACCCCGCUGUGACUGAUUUGGCUCUGGAGCGGCUCCAGGGGGAGUGGCCAGAGCCUUAAUAAAUGGUGUCUAGAGCG